CUAUUUAAGAACCGAGCGUAUCACUCAAUUGCAUAUCUACAAUGGUAGACUGGAGAAAACUCAUCAGCUUCAUUGGGCCUGGUCUACUGAUUACAUGUGCAUACAUAGAUCCUGGAAAUUACAGUACUUCAACCAACGCCGGAGCUCAGUUCGGCUAUAUUCACCUGUUCAUUAUCUUUCUGUCCAACAUUUUUGCCAUUAUCCUUCAAUGUCUGUGUAUCAAGCUGGGUACGGUGACAGGACUUGAUUUAGCACAGAACUGCCGCAAACAUCUCCCACGCUGGCUCAAUAUAACGGUUUAUGUUCUGGCUGAGCUAGCAAUUAUAUUCACAGAUUUAGCUGAAAUUGUGGGCACCGCUAUUGCGCUGUACAUUUUGUUUGGGAUUGAGCUGAAAGUCGGCGUGCUCCUGACCAUCUUUGAUGUUCUGGUGAUAUUAUUAGCGUACAAUCCGGACGGCUCUCUCAAGGAAAUCCGCAAAUUUGAGUUCUUUGUGUCCUUUUUGGUCCUCGCAGCAUUUGCGUGCUUCAUAGUUCUAAUGAACAAGGUGGAAAUCCCAAACAAACGCGAACUACUCGAAGGAUUUCUUCCGUCGAAACAGCUUUUCACUUCUAAGGAGUCAAUAUACCUGGCACUGGGAAUAAUUGGUGCUACCGUGAUGCCGCACUCCUUGUACCUUGGGUCAAGUCUCGUGAAGCCAAGACUCAGAGAGUUUGACACCUCAAAUCAAAAAGAUGCAGGCCCCUUGCAGGUGCAAAGCGUUGUACAGGACGCCAAUGAAGACACCUAUAGACCGUCGCUUGCAGCUAUAGAUUACUGCUUAAAUUAUUCUUACGCCGAGUUGGUCUGUUCUCUGUGCAUCGUGGCCGUCUUCAUCAAUUCUGCAAUACUAAUCGUCUCGGCGGCAGCUCUUUUUAAUAAACCCGAGGCCAUGGAUGCUGACUUAAUUAGCAUUUAUGAGCUGCUGAGCCAUUACGUUUCAAAAACAGCAGGACUUAUUUUUGCAAUUGCCAUGCUCUUCUCCUCCAUUGCGGCAGGGAUCAUCUGCACCAUGUCGGGUGCACUUGUUGCAGAAGGAUGUCUUGAAUGGAAGCUCAACCCAUUUUAUAGGAGAAUUGUUACGAGGUCAAUUGCAAUCGUGCCCUGUAUGGCAAUGGCCUUAUUCAUGGGCAGAGAAGGCAUUGCAACCAUACUCAAUCUGUCGCAGGUUAUAUUGUCCCUGAUCCUACCCUUUGUAUCAGCUCCCUUGUUGUACUUCACCAGCAACAAGAAUAUCAUGAAGGUGAAGGUGCAAGUGCAGCAGCCACAAGAUCUAGAGAACGAUACGCCAACUGAAACUUCUCUAUUGAUACCUGCACGCAAGGGUGAAGCCUUCAAGGACUUCUCGAAUUCGGCUAUAACAAACGUACUGGCAUUUCUCACCUGGGGAACGAUAGGCUUUUUGAACAUUUACUUGAUCGUUCAAUAUUUCAGAGGAGAGGAUAUACAUUUCUAGUGCUUCAGUAUGGUACAUUGUAUAUUAAGACAACUCCUAAACGAAACAUAUAUGGUUGCAUAAUGCUAAGCAGCUGGCUGGACGUCAGGGAUCUCCUCGGUGGUUUUGGCGAUUUCUGGGUUACCUACCUUGGUCUCAGCGUUCUCAGUUGUGCUUGUUUGCGGAUCUGCUAUGGUGAUUUGUGGCUGUUGCUCCCUUAAAUCUUGAGCUUCCAGGAAAAAUGCGUUGUUGAUAAGCUUACGCUUUACCUGUGUAAUUCUUCCGUUCGGAGGAACCUUCGGACGAUGGUUGCGCUGUUUCAAUGGCAAGUCAUCGUCCUCCAAAAUCACCAAAUCCUCAGGAUCCUCAAUUUCCACGAAAGUGGAUGACGACUCGCCUCCAUUUGGAGCAGAACCGCUUUCUGGGGCUUUCGGGGUGCCAUUGGAAGCAGCAGGCAAACCCUCUGGAUCAGUAAAUCCCAAUGAUUGUCUGUGUUUCUUCAGCUGUUUAGCAUAGGCUGCUCUUGACUUGGACAACAGGUCCUCGUAGAAAGGUCUUAAAAGACCAAUUUGCGACGCCAAGUCCCGCUUGCGCAACUUGGGGAAUUGGACCUCCUGGAAAUCUUCGUACUUAGCUUUUUUCGAUUUAGAGUCGAGAUGGCUGAGUUGGUUCGACAGCUUGGAGUGAAGCAAAUGGAGAGGAAUGGUGGAUGUAAGUAGAUUAAACUCUUUAUCAAGUCCGAGCUCCUUGAAGCCGAAGAAGUCUUCCCCAAUCUCGUUGGAGAAAUCACCAUUAAGAAAUUGUUCCGAAUCGUCGGUAAACUGGUUUUCGGUUAUCUCUUGGAUUCCUGGUCGCAGUAAGUCUCUGAGGAACCCUUCAAGCUUGUAUUUGAGGUCAGUCAGUUUCUUAUUCUGCUUGGUCAAAUGCUCCUUGUAAUGAGAAUACAAGACGUCAGGCUUUUCGAUACCAUUUUCCUGAAGUGAAAUGAGAAGAAUAUCUUUCAAACUCAUCGGCCUCUUGCUUUUCAAGGGAAGUUUGUUGAUGGAGUUGGAUUCCAUGUUCAUUUUGAGCGACUUGACGAGAUUACCAAAAUACUGCUCCGCGAGUUGAGUGACUGUUGUCACGCAAGUAGGGUUUGUGGUCUCAAAACCGUUGGCCAUGAGAAUGGUGCUCACAGACCGCUCGAGCGCGGCGUAAGCAACCUGGGGCACAAGCUGGUCUCUCGUAGGCAACUUCGACAGUGGGUCAAUGUCUUCAGGUUUAAUUCGCUCUAUAUCAGGAGCAUGGUACUGAGACUGGUGUAUGAAUUGCGAUGUUUGCAUCUGCCGAACAAUGUUGAUCUUAAAACACACUUUUCUGAUAUCCUGCAUCAAAGCAAUGUUUUUGUAGAUCACUGAGUUGCUGCCCUUCAUCUUGAUGGAAAACGGCGACUCUGGGAGCUGAUCCAACGACUUGCCUUGUUUCAUCAUAUCUGAAAAAAUAUCGUUCUCUAUAGCAUCAUAGUCAGGCCCUUUAUACUUCAAAGAUGGAAUACCUCCGCAAAUGUCGUACUCAAUCAGAUAGGGAUCAUCAUUUUCGUCAAAACACUGCCGAUUUCUGUGGAGUACAACUUUGGAGGAGUCG